ACGCAGUUCACAGCUUCAAUAUAUCAGCAGAUAAAGAGCUAUAUAUUAUUUGAAUGCAUCUGACAUACGUUUUUGAGAGUUUUUGUCACGUGACAGUACGUUGGUAUUAUUAUUAAGAGAUUUAAUCACUUACCACUAGAUCUUUAUUUUUAAAGGACAUACAUUUAUAGUUACUGAAUUAGGACUGUUUGAAAUAUGGCCGGCGCUAGAAUUAAAAUUCUUGUUUGUGUGAUGUUUAUAUAUUCUGUUAGCGAGAUGGCCGCGGAACUGAAUCCUGAAAUUGAAGUUGUUUAUGACAUGUUGACGCGGAGAAUAGAUUCUUUAGUUCAUGAUACAAAUUAUUUAAAAUCUGAAUUGGAUGAAACAAAAGCAGAUUUUAAGUCUGAUUUAAGCGCGAUCGUCAGCAGAAUAGAGAAUGCCGAAGCCAAGAUUUCUGCUUUUACGCUAAAUACGGAUUCCAGAGAAGAGGACAUGACAAAUUAUGAUGUGAAUGUUGAAGUAAAAAGGCAAUUAGUGGCAGUAAGAAAAAUGCUCGCUGCUGAGAAAGCUCUUCUGAGAAAAAUGGUGGACACACUUGAAAACAAAUUUAGAGCAUUUGAAUCAGAAAUUAGAUCCCAAAUUUCGCUGCUGAAUGUCUCCGCGGGAAGCUCGGUUGAUGGCCUAGUUCACGCAAUAACUGAUCAUAAGCUGGAGACAAACAAUUCGUUAAUGUUGACGGACAUCCAGAUAGGGAAAGUGCGAAAGGAUAUAGAAGAAAACCGCGAAGAUUUACUUGAUGCGAUUACUGAGGUUAGCCAAAAUAUCCUUUCUAAAACUAGAUCAGAGUUGGGAAGUGCGAAAAACGAACUCACUCGCUUGAUCAAUGACGAAAGAACAGAGGUGUUGUCAAAGCUUGUUUCUGUUGAAAGAACACAAGAAAACGUGGAAAGCAAAUUCAAUCAACAAAUCAGUCAGCUGAGCAAAAGAAUUUUAGAGGAAGAAGAUAUAACGGUUGCAUUUUCAGCGCGCCUAGUUACGGAACGCAGUCAUUAUGGUAAAAACGAAAGAAUAAUAUUUGACCACGUCGACUAUAGCCAUGGCGGAGGGUACAGCGCAUCAACGGGGAUCUUCACAGCACCGACAUCCGGAACAUACAUAUUUACUUUUAAUGUAGAAUCUACUAGCAGCGGAAUUGCACAUGUCUUAUUGAAAAUACGCAAUUUGACCAAAACAAGGGUAAUUGCAACAAAGGGCACUGACAGUAAUGCUGGGAAUGCCGCCGUUGACUAUGUCUGGAAAGGGGAACAGGUUUGGGUUCAGACAUCGGCAUUUAGAGACAAGUAUUACAUUUGGCCUUACAGGACUACUUUUAAUGGUGUUUUGAUUGACUGAAAUAUAUAUACAAAUUUAGACAAUGUACAUUUUUGCAAUCUUUUACAAGUGAAAUGUAUUUUAAAUGUUGUGAAAGCGCACAAACUUUGAAAAUUUACACGCACUAUAUAUGUAGUGAUAUUUGUACGUAGCAGGAAACAGUUCACGACUUAAAGUGUAGGAAAUAAAUUAAGUGUAUACUUUU